AAAUAAGUUAGUUUCACCAAGAAAUAUGGUACCGAGGAAAGUCUGAAUCAGUGAUUUUAAAGAGAACAAAGCUCGAAGAAGCCAUCGAAGGUCUAAGAGACCUAUCAAAGAGAGUUUUCUUGACUUAAACCGGACAUCGACACAAUUUUGGAACAAAAAUCCAAUCAAUAAUAAUCGACUUGAAAAUGGGAGAGCAACAACACUGAGCCCUUCUCCAGUCUCAUUUAAAUGCAAGAAGAAGUUUAAUAAGAUAAGGCUAAGAAUGCAUGAAGCGAAAGAACAAGAAGCUUGACAUUUUGGAACGAGAAAUCCAGUAUCCCCGAGAAUUCAUAAUCUGAAUCUAGCAGCUUUUGAACAUAAGAAGAAAUCAGGGAAUUUUAAGUUAACACGCAAGAUGAGGCAAACUCCUUUUAGUGCACUUAAGACUAGGAUCAAGUCAUUGUCUCCUAAUUUGAGAAAAGCUGUGCAUCUAGCGUUAAGCCACUCUACUGAAACUAAGAGAAAAGCGAAGAAAUGAAUCAAGAAAAAGAAGAUAGUGGCUUACAACAACUGGGCUUCUGAUAAAUUAAUUCCACUCGAACAUAAUAUGAGUAAUGUUCUUGGAUAUAUGAGGAGCAAAUUUGAAUCCUUUCAUUCCAAAAUAACAAGCCUGAAAUCAAGCCCAGGGCUCUGUCAGUCUUCUUACAUGCUGAAUCAGAAGUUAGAGGAGUUAAGAUCAAGUAAGGAAAAGUCUUCCGAUGAACUUCAGAUAUCAAGAGAGAUGAACAUCAAUUUCUAGGAGACGCCAGUUAAGAUCAUCAGGACUUGAUCAGCUGUAUUAUUACUCUAAUAUAUUCAUGGUCGUAAAAAUUAAAUAACUUUUUUUAUUGGUCUUAUUAAAAAUUUGUCAUUAAAAUCGGUUUGUCAAAGAGUAAAAACCUCCGGAUUUCUACAUCAAGAGAUGUGCCGAGAGAUUUUCAAGUGUUGAGAGGACUAUCAAAACCAGUAGGGAAAUCUUUAUAAGGAACAAACUAAAGAGACAACAGUGCACUCUUUCCUUAAUUUGUUAAAAAUAUGUAUCGAUCAAGGUGAUAUGUUAAUGUUUCAGUAUUUUUUCGGUCAGGAAUACCAAACAACCGAGCUUCUAGUUCUC